AUGAAUUCAUCACAAAGAAGAGAUGACGUUAUCUCAUUCAAUAUGCUUAAUCUUCAGGUGAGUUAAAAGUGGAGGAAGAAUGUUCUGAAUGAUGUCAACAUCAAUGAGUCUGAUAAAAAAGAUAAUGUCAAUUUGGAUCUCCCAGAAUCAUUACCUAAAUUGGAAAAGGAAAGGGAAUAAAUUAUUAAAGCAUUCAAGAAUUGUUGCAUAAAUUCAUUGAUGCCAAAAGAAAUAAUGAAUGAAAUUUGA